UGUACGUCAAAUCAAAAAUUAAUUUUAUUUCACAAUUCACAUGUAUUUCACUCAUUUUUGCUUUGUAAUUUGCAAUAAUGAACUUUGUUUUGUGAUUUUGUCUGCCUGCAAGACUUGCAUAGGGUUUUAAUUAACUUCAUUGUAACUUCAUUGCUUGCGCAGUUUUGCGCGGCACAGGUCCUGCGUCUUGUUUAAUUUUAGUUUCUAAUUAUUUUGCAUUUCCAAAUCGAAUUGUUAAAAUGGAAAUGAAAACUGCAGCCACAGUGCUGCAAGAAAUGAUGGUAAAGUUACACACCAUUCCGGAAUACGAAUUUAUCGCCCAGUCAGGACCACAGCACCAAGCAAUGUUUGAGUACCGUUGCAAGGCACAGGGCAUUGAAGUGACUGCACGUGGCCGCUGCAAGAAAGAUGCCAAACAAGAAGUGGCCAAGCUGAUGUUGAAGAAACUUGCUGCGGCUGGAUACAAAGUACCCCAUCCUUAUGGAUUGGAUAACUAUACACCUAUGGGUGGACAAAGCAUUCCUGGCGGAGGAGACAUCGUGGAGCCGGCCAGUCAGGGUGCUCGCAGCUUUGUGGCCUUGCUCAAAGAGCUGUGUGCAGAGUACAGGCUGCCUGCAGUCGAAUAUGAUUUGGUGAGUGACACGGGCCCGCCGCACCAGCGCCACUUCACAAUGAAGGCGCGCGUGGGGCAGCACUCGCGCGAGGCCACCUCCACCACCAAAAAGGCCGCGAGGCAGAUCGCCGCGGAGAAGCUCUACACCUACCUCCGCGAGAACCUCGCCCGCAUGACCAAGGACUUCGAUGAGGCAGAUGCGUUAGUCCGAGCGCACGAGCGCGUGAUGGACCGCUACCUGGAGACCACAGAGGAGGCCAACCGUCGCCCGGACCUAGGUCAGAAAGUAGCUGAUUACCAUCUCGGCUUGCAAACUCAUCUGGAACCGGAGGUUGUGUCGCGAGGGCGCGGCGCGCUGUCGCUGGCGGAGCACGAGCCGGCCGAGCGCGCGCUGGCCGCCGCCGCCGCCGCGCUCGGGCUCAGCGUCCUCUACUGCGACCUGCCGAGGGAGCAGGUACCACUCUCUCUCUCUCUCUCUCUCUCUCUCGUGUCGCUGGCGGAGCACGAGCCGGCCGAGCGCGCGCUGGCCGCCGCCGCCGCCGCGCUCGGGCUCAGCGUCCUCUACUGCGACCUGCCGAGGGAGCAGGUACCACUCUCUCUCUCUCUCUCUCUCUCUCUCGUGUCGCUGGCGGAGCACGAGCCGGCCGAGCGCGCGCUGGCCGCCGCCGCCGCCGCGCUCGGGCUCAGCGUCCUCUACUGCGACCUGCCGAGGGAGCAGGUACCACUCUCUCUCUCUCUCUCUCUCUCUCUCGUGUCGCUGGCGGAGCACGAGCCGGCCGAGCGCGCGCUGGCCGCCGCCGCCGCCGCGCUCGGGCUCAGCGUCCUCUACUGCGACCUGCCGAGGGAGCAGGUACCACUCUCUCUCUCUCUCUCUCUCUCUCUCGUGUCGCUGGCGGAGCACGAGCCGGCCGAGCGCGCGCUGGCCGCCCCCGCCGCCGCGCUCGGGCUCAGCGUCCUCUACUGCGACCUGCCGAGGGAGCAGGUACCACUCUCUCUCUCUCUCUCUCUCUCUCUCUCGUGUCGCUGGCGGAGCACGAGCCGGCCGAGCGCGCGCUGGCCGCCGCCGCCGCCGCGCUCGGGCUCAGCGUCCUCUACUGCGACCUGCCGAGGGAGCAGGUACCACUCUCUCUCUCUCUCUCUCUCUCUCUCUCGUGUCGCUGGCGGAGCACGAGCCGGCCGAGCGCGCGCUGGCCGCCGCCGCCGCCGCGCUCGGGCUCAGCGUCCUCUACUGCGACCUGCCGAGGGAGCAGGUACCACUCUCUCUCUCUCUCUCUCUCUCUCUCGUGUCGCUGGCGGAGCACGAGCCGGCCGAGCGCGCGCUGGCCGCCGCCGCCGCCGCGCUCGGGCUCAGCGUCCUCUACUGCGACCUGCCGAGGGAGCAGGUACCACUCUCUCUCUCUCUCUCUCUCUCUCUCUCGUGUCGCUGGCGGAGCACGAGCCGGCCGAGCGCGCGCUGGCCGCCGCCGCCGCCGCGCUCGGGCUCAGCGUCCUCUACUGCGACCUGUCGAGGGAGCAGGCGGACCCGCUGGUGCUGGUGUCGCUGGAGCCGAGCGCGCCGGCCGUGGUGCUGGCGGGCGAGACCCGCGCCGCCGCCGCCGCCGCCGCGCUGCGCUAUCUGCGGCUCACGCUAGAGGACCCCAAGUCCAUGUCCCGAGUUUUAAGAAUGCAAGAUUUUAUUCGAGAAGAGGAAGAAAAAGAUUGUUUCUAACUUUCCAGGUAAGCGCGGCCGCACACAUGUGGUUUCCACCAGGAAUCCGAAUUCAGAAACGUACAUGCUCUUCUUUCAUACAAAGUGUUCACACCGCCGCACACGUUCCUUCCUUUUUCCGAACAGAGAAACCUAAUGUUU